GAGGCUUGAACUGGUGUAGAGCUGGCCAGGGACCAUGCCCACAAUGUGUUUGUAUAAAUGAUCAGCACUGCCAGCUUUCCUACGUCGCCUCGAAUCGGAAGCUAUGAACAAGGGAGCAACGGAGGAGAUGGGGCCUGCUUCGGCGGAGGAGGAGGAGGAGGAGUACGAGGACCUUCUGCCCGUGAUGGCGGAGAAGCUCCUGGCGGACGAGUUCAUGGGCGAGCUGGUGAACGGCUUCAGGCUGCUGGCCGACCCGGCAAGGGGCGUGAUCACGGCCGAGAGCCUGAAGAGGAACGCGGGGCUGCUGGGGCUGGACGGGCUCGGGGACGCCGAGCUGGAGGCGAUGGUGAGGGAGGGGGAUCUCGACGGCGACGGGGCGUUGGACGAGCGCGAGUUCUGCGUGCUCAUGGUCAGGCUCAGCCCGGAGCUCAUGAGCGACGCGGAGGCCUGGCUGGAGGAGGCUCUCGCUCAGGAGAUCCGGCGCUCCGGGAAAUAAGCGAGAAACAGAGAAGGCGUCUUCAACGUCUCUUGGGCAGUCGUCUUUCUUCUCCAUUUUCCUCCUUGUGUUCGCGGUUCUCCCUCCCCUCGCAGAAUUAAGUAACAAGGCUAAUUAAGUGAAUGAAUUGCAUGUAAUCUGGAUGGUUUCAUUCAUGCCUGUAGAUCUUUGUAGAUUGUUUUAACUUUCAUUUUGAUCUGAAUCAAUCUUUGAGAUUUCUUGUU